UCAAUGGGUCGGCUAACGAAGCGCUAGCUGAGUUGUGUUUCCGCCAUAUUCAAAGUGAACAUUUGCGGCAUUCGAGGGGUCUUUCAGUGAUCACCAUGGGUGAACCACAGCAGGUUAGUGCUUUGCCCCCUCCACCUAUGCAGUACAUUAAAGAGUACACCGAUGAGAACAUUCGCAAGGGUCUGGUUCCUAAACCCCCACCACCCAUCAGAGACAGUUACACAAUGUUUGGCAACCAGUUCCAGUGUGACGACAUCAUCAUCCGGCCACUGGAGAGCCAGGGCAUAGAGAGACUUCAUCCGAUGCAGUUCGACCACAAACGAGAGCUUAAGAAGCUCAACAUGUCCAUUCUCGUGAACUUUCUGGACCUUCUGGACAUUCUCAUCAAGAGCCCUGGGAGUAUGAAGCGAGAGGAGAAGCUGGAGGACCUGAAGCUUCUGUUUGUUCACAUGCACCACCUGAUAAAUGAAUACAGACCCCACCAAGCCAGGGAGACGUUAAGGGUCAUGAUGGAAGUGCAGAAAAGGCAGAGACUGGAAACAGCAGAGCGCUUCCAGAAACAUCUGGAGAGGGUAGUCGAGAUGAUCCAGGGUUGUCUCUCUUCCCUACCGGAUGACCUUCCACAAAUGGAUGGCGCAGACGCUGAUGGAAACAGGACUCUGACUGGUGUCACCACCCUGAGACUGAAAACCGAACCCAUGGAUGUGGAUGAGUCGGGUCCAGGCUGUCUACCGACAAAUCUGCAGGAAAAGACUGUUGGGAAGAAAGAAAAAGAGUGGGACAAAGAUGCAGCCAUGUGCAGUAUUAUUGAUGAAAUCGCGUAGCUUUCCAUUUAUUCAUGUCAGUAUUUGUGUGCCAUUAAAAUUUAAAAGCCAUUUUACCUCUUUGUGUAUUGAUUUUAGCCGGAAGAAAUCGCUGCGAGGUUCUACACAUUGUUUUGCAGCGGUUGACUCACCCACCUCCUCAUCUUUCUGAGUUUCUCAUCUGUUAUGGAACAUGCUCACAGGCCUGGUUUGAACCAUUCUUAAUGCUGUCCUGGUUUAUUUAUUUUCACUUUC